UCAAGCAUGAACAUGGGCCGUAAAUUCGUUGCGAUUAUUAAGAAUAGCAAAAAAACAGAAUUCGUUUUCGUAUGUUAGUAUAAAACUGUUUUGUUUUAAUUCCGUUGAAGGAAAGUUGAAGCGAGAAAAAAAAAAGAAUUUUUAUUGAAGCGAAUCGAAUCGGUCCGGGAGAAAGUUAUUGCUGAAGCCUAGAAACUAAUAAAAAAGUAAUUUUUUUUUCUCUGUUACACACUGAGAUAAAGGAGCAAAUAAGCGAGAUAGCAACGAGAAAAGGGACCGUUAAAUGUGAGAGGCAUGUUUUAUAAAACUUUAAAGUGGAACCACCGAUUUUUAAAACCAUGAUGAAAUUGGAUAUAAAUAUUUUAUAAAUAAUGGACUCAGAACUGGGGAAUUGAGUUUUUUGUUCGUUGUGUUGUUGGUGAGUGCGUGUGUGCGCUUUUUAUCGUCCGGAUUAAGUUUUACAUCAAUGAAUUCAACAUAAAUUCGAAUGCCAUACUCAUGACAACCAAACAUCAGCGGCAUGAUUAAUUCAUUCAAAUUGAACAGCAACUACAGCAACUGCAUCAGCAAUCACCAACAUAAGGAAAUAAAAAGAGAUUGACAGUGUGUAAAUACGAGAGAAUAAAACGAAUCGAAAUACGAAAAAAUACAACCGGGCAGCAAACAAAUAAUAAUAACAAAAAAAAAUUGUAAUUUUUCGAUAAUCGAAAUUCAAAUGAAAAAAGCUUUAACAUGGAAUAUACUACAGCUAUAUCUACGAAACCAGCGUCUAGCACGAUCGACACCGAUUUGGCAGAAGUGGUUAAAGAUGCUUAUGACUUACUUCUUGAUGACGGAAAUUCCGAAACAUAUUUAUCACCGGAUUUUAAAAUUUUAAAUAGUUCAUUUUAUUUUAACGGGUCAUGUGAUGGGUGUUUCAACAGCUCCAUCUUAACUCAAAGCAAUAUCAUCAACAGAACAACUAGCGGAUUAGGAAAUACAACAAGCGACGAAAUUACCGAGCUUGUGAUUCUGGCUGUUACGUCUACAAUAUUAGGACUUGUGAUAUUAAUAACAGUUAUCGGAAACGUAUUUGUUAUAGCUGCAAUUAUAUUGGAACGAAAUCUACAAAAUGUCGCAAACUAUUUGGUGGCAUCGUUGGCUGUAGCUGAUUUAUUCGUUGCAUGUCUUGUGAUGCCGUUAGGAGCCGUUUACGAAAUUAGUUCAGGUUGGAUACUCGGACCGGAGCUUUGUGAUAUAUGGACAUCGUGCGAUGUUCUUUGUUGUACUGCAUCGAUAUUACAUCUGGUUGCCAUAGCUGCCGAUCGUUAUUGGGCAGUCACAAAUGUUGAUUAUAUUCACUCGAGAACAACUGGUCGCGUUUCUUUGAUGAUAUUUUUCGUAUGGAUAUCAGCCGUAAUCGUAUCGUUAGCACCGCAAUUCGGAUGGAAAGAUCCCGAAUAUAUGGAACGAAUACAACAACAAAAAUGUAUGGUAUCGCAAGACAUCGGCUAUCAGAUAUUUGCCACGUGCAGUACGUUUUAUGUACCCCUGUUGAUAAUAUUAAUAUUGUAUUGGAAAAUAUAUCAAACUGCACGAAAACGAAUUCAUAGAAGACGUCCAAAACAGACCCUUUCUGCCAACAAUAAUCAGGUUAAUAAAACAAUGAAGAAGUCCAAUCCACGAUUACGAUUUCGUUUAACAUCAAACUUUGUCAAUCACGAGAAAUCAGCAGUUUCAUCAUUAGGUUUAGUUGAAGGGAACUCCACAAUCACAGUUAAUACAGUCGGUGACACAGACGAAAGUAGUACAGAUAAAAAAGGAAUUGAUAUUAUCACUACCACAUUCAACGACACAACAAAAGAGGUUACAACAUCGCCAUCUUCUGAAGCAAUAGUAACCGUUUCGCAACAAGUGACGACACAAUCGCAAAAGGAAAAUCAAAGCAAAGAAGGUGAAACUUGUAUAGCAAUAAGUGAUCAAAGCACCGGAAACGUUAAUGCGAAUCCAUUAAUGGUUUCAUCUUCUCCAUCGCAUCCAAACCAUCAAAAACACGACGAAAUCCAAAAAACACCACCAGUGCUAGGGACAACGCAACAACCAACUCAAGUUAGCAAAAGUUCAAAGUCUCGGAAGGAGACGCUGGAAACGAAGCGCGAACGAAAGGCAGCCAAAACGUUGGCAAUCAUAACUGGUGCGUUCGUUGUAUGCUGGUUACCAUUUUUUCUAAUGGCUUUAUUGUUGCCGCUGUGUGGUGAAUCAUGCCAAAUAAACGAUAAAAUUGCAUCUUUAUUUUUGUGGUUGGGUUAUUUUAAUUCAACACUAAAUCCUGUUAUUUAUACAAUAUUUAGUCCUGAGUUUAGACAAGCAUUCAAACGAAUUUUGUUUGGAUCCCAUCGAACAGGCUACUAUCGGGGUGGUAAGUUGUAGUAGCUAGUUGGUUUUACUUAUUACUAAGUUUAUUCGAAAAAAACAAACAAAUAAAUCAUAAAAUCAAAUACACGAAUAUUUAAAAGAAAAUAACAAACAGAACAAAACAUAA